AUGGCCGAACUAUUGGAAGAAACGCCAGUACCUGGUUUGCAAAGUACACUGGAAGGCGAAAUAUCUGAAGAUGAAGACCUGAGUCUUCACAGGACCCUCGAAGAUGAAAUGGCCGAAUUACAAAAUAUGCUGGACGAGCCACUGGUGUUUGUCCAGCCUGGUAGUGAUAUGGAUGAAGGGGUUGUGAUGGAAGAAGAGGAGGAAGACGACGGAAUCAUCCUCAUCGGCCAGGAGAAGUGGAUCUUCGAACACGAAAGACGGAUGCUUCAACAAGAAAAACGAAUGCUUGCGCAUCGUAAGAAAAUUCUAGCUCAAGAACAGCGAAUGUUCGACCAGGAAGGCAAGAUGUUACAACAAGAGAGAUGGAUCGUCGACCAGAGGAAACGACUGUUUGAAGGCGAAGAGGACGUUACUGAGAUGGAGGGCCGGAUUGUACAAGAAGAAAAGAAAAUGGAGGAAAGACGGACGGGAAUGGACGAGAAGAUUGUUAGCGUUGAGAGGCGGAUAUCGGAACUGGAGAGACAAAUGUCUACUCUCAAGACGGAUAGAAUCGAAGCUCGGGAAAAGAAUAAACUCACGAUAUUGAAUCUUCCGGCCGAAAUCCAAAUAGAGAUACUCUCUCACCUACCUUGGCAGUACCAGAUGUAUUGCUUCCAAGUCUUCCCAUCGUGGAAAGAAGCCAUAGUCCUUAAGGACACCCGGACCAAGCGAUAUAUUGUCUCGGAGAAGAAUUACUGCCCCCGCAUGCAUAAGAUUGGUGCUGGAUUUGGAUGGAGAUUCGUGAUCCAAGAUGGCAAGAUCGAGUCUGUGACAUACGAUCUUGAUCUAAUGAAGCAGAUGACGGGAGAAUCCGAUACCAUGGAAGAAAAAGAGAAGGAAUUCAACGUCAACCUACUACAAUGCGCCAUUCUCGAGGACCCGUUGUUUUUACAUGAGCCAAUUGAGCCGGAGAAAGACGUCGUCGAGGUUAACAAGGUCGCAUUCAAAGUCGUUCCAUGCCAGAAAAAAUACGAAUGCCUAUUCAUGGAAAAGGAUGAGAACAAAGAUGAUAACGAGACAGAGGUAGGGAAGAAAGAAGAAGUGGCGGAACACGAAGAAAAUGCAGAAUACGCCAGGAACCAGGAGAAGUUGACAUUUACCUUCACCUUCGAACAACAUCCCGAACUAAAAAACAUGCAAAUCAUCGAGUUCCUAGACUGGGUCGCAAAGUGGAUUAGUGGCCUCGAGGUUUUGAAAGAGUAUAAGCGUAUCCAUAUGGAACUGUUGAAGUACGACUGGUUUGAAAUGGGUUUCUUUUUGUUGUUCCAUGAUCUGGCUUAG